AUGGAUUUUGGCACGGAUGUAGCAGCAUUGCCAGCGCGCCGCACAAAACUUGUAUUCCUCUACAGCAGCGAUGACGAAGACGAUGAUAAGGGAACUGUGGCAUCCACAGCAAUGGGGACGCCUAUGAUGGGGGAAGUUUGUGGGGUUCUCCAUAAUGGUAACGGGUGCAGUGGUUCAAUUGCCGUUGAGGUGGAGGAAGAGGCAUGCCUGAGGCCACCAGCGGAGGAUCUCAUGGUCAUGCGUCAGGAAGCGGAUGCGUUGAAGCAAAAGGAAGAAAAGGAGGACCCCGAUUUCGUGGAGGAUGUUGAGGGGGUUGCGGAGGUGCCGACGCGCCCCCGUGUGAAAGUUGUCGAUGCACCAGCCUUGUGGGAAACUGCGGCAGGGCUGCGGAAUUAUUUGCGUGCGGAGGAGGUUGGGACCCUCUCGAAUUCACACAAACGUUUCCGCGAGGAGGAAAAAGACGAAUUGAAUGCGUGCGCUACCGGGGUGGAAAGGAGGCCUCGGCCACUGUUUGAUGAUGAUGGACUUGUCCGAGCCGUGGCGGUAGAUGGUUACACGCUCACAGUUGACGAAACUGAAUUGCAACAAGUGUGUGGUUCUGAAGGGACGCGUGAGCGUUGUGCCGAAGACAGGGAACUCCAUGAUUAUCUUGACUGUGAUGAGCGCUGUGAGCUGGGCGGUGAAGAUGCGGAUGAGGGGCGGGAAGAAGAGGAAGGUGAAUACGGUGAUGAUGAGGAAGAUGAAGAUGACGAGGAGGAGGAUGAGGAGCUAGACGCCGCGCUGGUUGUUGCCGUUGUCGAGCAGUUGGUUCGCUGCUGCGAAAGCGAUGAACUUGACGAAGCCCUGCGUGGUGACGGAGAUCAGUUCCUGGAGCGUGCGCGUCCACUGCUCCAUCAAGUAAACUCCGGUGAAAUGGAACCCUUGGCGUUUGGCGAGGAGGUAAGGAAGGACAUACUGAAGUUGCAGCGUGCAUUUAGGCGUGUGAGCCGCCCUCGGGACGAGCCAGUUGUUAUUGAUGGAGUUGUGAUGGACAUCUGA